CAAGCAGGGCAUGCCACGCCGUCAGCUGCGCUCCCAGAACCUAGGGCCAGGGCCAUGGCGACGCCAGGGCAGCUGCAGAUGUACAACAAGCUGGAGGUCCAUGAGAUGUUUUCUGUCCCCGAGGGACCUGAUGGCGAACGGAAGAGAAUCGAGGUGAUCCCAGACGAGAAGGUUUCAAAUGCCGUGGUGCUACACACCUGGUUGGAAGAUCAUACUCUUGGAAACCUUCUGCGGAUGGAGCUUCUUAGGAAUGAGGCGGUGCUGUUCGCUGGCUACAAGGUGCGACACCCUCUGGAUCACAUGAUCGAACUGCGAGUACAGACUACUCCUGCCAUCCAGCCCGAGGCAGCCUUGAGGCAUGCGGUAAAGAAUCUGCAAAGCGAAUGCAGUUCGAUGUUGGAUCAGUUUGAUGAGGGCGUUCGCCGUCUUGGUGGCGUGGAGGGCCGGGAAGCAAAUGUCGAGAUGUCUCCAGAGCCAGAGAUGAUGGAGAGUGAGGCUUUCAGUGCAGAGGAUGCCGAAGGUUUCCACCAGCGUCUCGAGGCCUUCGAACAGCGCCACACCUUUAGCCCUGAAUAUUUGCCAACGUCGCCACCUGCCUCACCUGCGCGCUAAGAGUCAAAAA